AUGGCUGGCGAUCCUGAACCAAAUGGAUUGCCUAUCCCUGGCGGCAUCAGCGAGCGGCUUUGGCAAGACUCGCAGCUGGAGGCUUACAGGGCGCUCCAGCACCCAUUUGUGAUCGCGCUGGGCCAUGGCGUGCUCCCAAAGGACACGUUCCGCCGCUAUGUGGCGCAGGACGCCCACUUCCUCCAUUUCUUCGCGCGCGCUUACGCGGCGGCGCUGGACAAGUGCUCUGGGCUGGCGCCCGAGGCGCGGCUGACUAUCCAGCAGCUCAUGAUGGGCGUGCACAUGGAGCUGCGGCUGCACGGCAGCUACGCACGCAGCUGGGGCGUGGACUUGGGGGCUCUGGAGGAGGUGGACCCUGCCACCUCCGCUUACACAGAUUUUCUCCUGGAGGUGGCUGAGGACCCAGAGACGACUGUGGCGGAGGUGCUGGCGGCAAUGGUGCCGUGCUCGCGGCUGUAUGCCUUCCUGGGCUGUGGCCUGGCCAAGGCGCACCCGGCCAGCGGCCGCCAGGGGCACCCCUACAACGACUGGAUUGGGAUGUAUUCGGGAUCUGACUUUUUGGUGCUCCCUAUUCAGAAGGAGCGGCUGCUUGACCAGCUGGGUGUGGCUCUCCCAUAUGGACGAAUCGACGCGCUGGUGGUUGACUUUGACGACACUUGCACUCAAAAGGACACAAUAGGGACGCUGCUCGCGGCCGCAAUCGACGCUUCGGUGCAGCGCGCCGCCGCGGAGGAGCGCGCCGCCGUGCGGGAGCGGCUGGAGGGCGUGGUGGCCAGGCUGGUGGCAGGUUACGAGUCGCGGCGGCAGGCGCUGUUUGCUGAAGCGCUGCCAGAUCAGCCGGAGGGCGCGGCCGCGGCCGCUUUUGACCGCGCCGCCCUUGAGCGCUUUGUGGAGCGGCUGUCCGACUUUGAUGUCGAGAUGAACGCAGUCGCAGUGGACGCCAGCAUUGUGGCCGGCCUCGCCCGCAGCGACGUCACGGCCACGGCCGCCAAGGUGCAGCUGCGGGCCGGCUGCCUCGAGACGCUGCGUGCGGCGCUGGACGCGGGGGUGCCGACCCACAUCAUGUCGGUCAAUUGGAGCGGCCAGCUGGUGGCGGCGGCGCUGGGGCUGCCGGCGGACGCAGCUGCGGACCCAGAGACGGGGGCCAGGCCCGGCUACGGCGCCUCGGUGGCACCUGCGGCCCCCGGCCGCUUGACCAUUCAUGCGAACGAGCUCGUCCACGGCGCUGACGGCGUCUCCACCGGCGAGCUGCUGCGGCGGCUCGAGUGCGCGCGAGACAAGGGGGGGCUGUUUGGAAAGCUCACCGCCGCGGAGCAGCAGCAGCGGCAGCAGCAGCAGGAGCGAGGUGUCGGCGGCGGCGAACGGGGCGUGACCGUCUACGUCGGCGACUCAGCAACCGACGUGCUGCCGCUGCUGGCGGCCGACUACGGCAUCGUUAUCGACUCAAGCUCGUCCCUGCGCCGCGUGCUGUCGCGCCACGGCGUUGCGCUGCGCCCGCUCGCCGCGGCGCCGCUGCGGCCGCAGGGCGGGGACGGCGGCGCGCCGGUGCUGUUUGAAGCCGCCGGGUGGCACGAGAUCAACGGGUUCCUGUUUGGCCCAGAGGGUGCGGGCGGCGGCGGCGGUGGCGUGGCGGCUGUCAGCGUCGACGUGGCGGCAAUCCAGGCGGCCGCAGGCAGCGAAGCGAAGCUGCCGCGCGUGCUGACGGUGGCGGGGUCGGACUCUGGGGGUGGCGCGGGCAUCCAGGCGGACCUCAAGUCCAUCAUGGCCAUGGGCUGCUUCGGCAUGAGCGCCAUCACCGCGCUCACCGCCCAGAACAGCCGCGGCGUGCAGGCCGUGCACCCCGUCCCGGCGGACUUUUUGGAGCGCCAGCUGGACAGCGUGCUCGGGGACCUCGGCGCCGACGCCAUCAAAACGGGCAUGCUGCCCGACGCUGAGGCCGUGUCCGCCGUCGCGCGCAAGGUUCGCGAGUACGGCGUGACUAACCUGGUAGUUGACCCUGUAAUGAUCUCAACCAGCGGCCACGCCCUCGCCGGCCGCUGCGUCGCCGACGCCAUCGCAUCGGAGCUGUUGCCGCUGGCUGCGCUCGUGACGCCCAACAUCCCCGAGGCAGCCGUGCUGCUGGGCGGCGGCUUCAGCAUUGAGACGGUCGACGACAUGAAGGAAGCCGCGCGGAAGCUGCACGCCCUGGGGCCGCGCGCGGUGCUCGUUAAGGGCGGCCACAUGGUGGCGCAGCAGGCGGAGCGGCGCGCGGCGCGGCAGCAGCGGCAGCAGCAGCAGCAGCAGCAGCAGCAGCAGCAGCAGCAGCAGGAGGCAGGUGCACGCGGCGCAGCGGGUGCGGCAGCAGGGGAGCAGCAGGAAGAGGAGCUGUUGGCUGUGGACGUUCUGUUUGACGGCACACGCUUUCUGGAGCUGCGCGCGCCCUACGUGCAUACAGACAAUACGCACGGCACCGGCUGCACCCUGGGCGCCGCGGCCGCGGCGGGGUUGGCGCGGGGCCUGCCCGUCGCGGCGGCGGUGCGCGGCGCCAAGGCCUACCUCACCGCGGCGCUCGCGGGCAGCGCCCACCUCGCGCUCGGCGCGGGCCCGCAGCACCCGUUCCACCACGGGGCCGGCUUCGUGCGGGAGGACCCGGCGGCGGCGGCAGUGGUGGGGCCCUCGGCGGCGGCGGAGCGCCCGGGCGGCGCGGCGCUGGCGGGGGCUCGGUGGUUGUUGGCGCGGCACCGCCCCAACCCCUGCGACCUUCGCGUGUACGUGGUGACCGACCCCGGCUGCAACGCGCGCGCCGGCCGCACGCUGGAGGAGUCCGUCGCUGCCGCCGUCGCGGGCGGCGCGACGAUCGUGCAGAUCCGCGAGAAGAACGCCGACGGCGGCGGCUUCCUGGCGGCGGCGCGCGCGGCGCUCAAGAUUUGUCGGGCGGCGGGCGUCGCGCUCAUAAUCAACGACAGGGUGGACAUCGCGAUCGCGGCCGGCGCGGACGGCGUGCACGUGGGGCAGGACGACCUGCCGGCGCGGGAGGUGCGGCGGCUCAUCGGGCCUGGGAAGCUGCUCGGGGUGUCGGUCAAGACCCCGGAGGAGGCGGUCAAGGCGGCGGCGGACGGCGCGGACUACGUGGGUUGCGGCGCCGUGCUGCCGACGGGCACGAAGGACAGCUCGGUGAUCGGGAUCGACGGCGUCGCGCGCGUUUGCGCCGCCGUCGACAUCCCCGUGGUCGCGAUAGGCGGCGUGGGGGCCGCCAACGCGGCGGACAUCGUGCGCGCGGGCGCGGCGGGCAUCGCGGUCGUCUCGGCGGUGUUUGCGGCGCAGGACGCCGAGGCGGCGGCGCGGGAGCUGCUGGUCGCGGUGGACGCGGCGCUGGUCCAGCACGGCGCGCAGCAGCGCGAGGGCGGUGGUGGCGGCGGGGGUGAGGCGGCGGUGGAGGGCGGUCAGAGCGCCUCGCCGGCCGUGGCCGCUCGUGGGCAUUGA